GGAGUUUCCAGAAUAGAGAUAAAUAAAAAUCCGAGUGGCACUGCUGCCGCUGCUUUUAUUUUCUGAACCGGAGGAACCGCAAAAAGGGUCUUCGAAGGAGGCAUGGCUCAUCCAUAUUAAUAAGCUCUAGCUGCGGGUUGUCAUAGCAAUACAGCAAUUUACUGUAUUAACAGCGCUGCUCCCCGAUUGGUCAGCAGGGUACUAAAUUAUUAAGCAGGCCCGCUCGGGGGGCGGAGCUCGGCGGGCUCCUCCGGCUCGGUCGACGCGAGGGGUGGGCGGGGCCUAUGCUAAUGAGGCCGGAGAAGGAGGCCGGGGCUGCCAAGAUGGCGACGGAGCGCAGUCGCUCCCCGAUGGGGGGCUCGCCGGUGCCGGCCUCGAUGUUCGCCCCGGAGCCCGCCUCUCACGGCGGGGCAGUGGCGGCCUCUUCCAGGUUCCACCGCGGCGUCGCGGACUCGGACUGCAGCGAGGACGGCGAGGUGCUCAAUGGGGAGCCCGAGCUCGACCUCACCAGCAAGGUAGGCCCGGCGGCCGGGGGGCAGCGGAGACCCAGGGCCCCGCCAGCCCAGACCCCGGUACCUGGCGCCUCCGGUACCCCUCACGCGCCCGGAGGCAGCUCCGGCACUUCCCUCUCUCUCCGUUCGGUCUGGCGGCGGUGCCUCCCCUUGUCCUUCCGGGCACUUCGUCCAGCCGCCUUUAAGGAGCGCGGAGCAGGUACCCCGCGCCCCUUGCCGACGCUCCCUCCUCAGGCGGCGAGAGGGCGGCUGCCCCCCUCCGAGUCCUGAGGCACAAGGAGGGCGAAGGUGUCGCCAAGGGGCGGCGGCGGCAGCGGCGGCAGCGGCGGCAGCUUCAAGGGUACGGGCUGGUGUACGUGGCACGCGAGAAUGGAUUCAGACGGGGACGAGAAGGGGGGGGGCCGUAAACAGGCUUACUCGCAAGUAAGGCCCUCCGUUUUCGGUGGGGCUUACUCCACGUUUAGGCAGUUUAGGAUUGCAGCCCGGCAGCCCAGCCCUGUAAAUAAUGCCUGCUCAGAAAUAAGUUCCAUUCAUUUCCGCGAAGCUUACUCCCGGUUUAAGCGUAGGUAGGGUUUCAGCUGUAGUUGUUUCCCCGUUUGUAGUUUCCUUAACAACAACAACAACAACAACAACACCCUCGUGCUGUGUUAAUACAGCCCUUCAAGUGCAAAGUUCAAGCUCCUCGCUUAUCUUUUUAGUGCUUUGCUUUAAAAAAAAGGUUAAAGUUGAAAUUGUUAAACAGGUGCUGUGGGUGAAGUACUGUCAAGGGAUAGCCUUUGUUUUGUAGUACUACCCUGAAGUGGAAUAAGGGGUGAUGUUUAAACAAAAGAAUGGGCAGCGAUACCUGCAUGACUGUUAGUUAACCUGCUGGGUGGGAAUCAUGUGAUGUGCUCAAAAGGGACAAAAUCUCAGAGCAGAGUAUCCAUGAAAAGUGAUGAUGGGCCAUUUUGUAAGUUCAGGCAUCUGGGGCUCUGGUGCUUUACAUUUUUUGUGUGAUCUCUGCAGUUGUGAGUAAAUGGAAGUCAUAGGGGAAAGUGGAGUGGCUUUUUGUGUGAUCUAACUCAUGAAUAAAAUAGGAGUACCUUGAGUUUAUUUUUUGUUUUAAGCCAUCACAAAGCAGCAGAAUAAUUUUUACAUUAUUAUGGAUUUGUUUGAUCUACAGUGUUUUUAUAAUGAACAUUAUAUAUAUAUAUAUGUAUAUAUAUAUAUAUAUGUAUAUAUAUCUAUAUAUAUAUAUAUAUAUAUAUAUAUAUAUAUAUAUAUAUAUCUAUCUCACAUACACAUACAUAUACACUUCAGCCUUCUUCACACUGCUUUUGCUAAGCUUUUGAAUUUCCCUUUACACUUUGUGGCCCCUUGGUGUCAUAUCAACCCUUUUUUAUUUCCUCUGUCAUAACCCCCCCCAAAAAAGGACUAGACUACGUAUCUUUUGCGUAUAAGCGGAAUCUCAUAAUUAUGAACUCCUUGAAAAACAGUUCAUAAACAAUUUGAGAGAAUGUGGCCUCUAGAAAAUCAUCUACUAGUUAGUGCCAGUGAUUUUGGCCCCCUCCCCCAUAUCAGGAUGUUUAACUCAGAUACCUGGUUUAUUUUCAGCUAGUAAUGGUGAGCCCAACAUCAGAGCAGUAUGAUAGCUUGCUGCGGCAGAUGUGGGAGAGGAUGGAUGAAGGAUGCGGGGAGACCAUCUAUGUCAUUGGACAAGGAUCAGGUGAGCAUGGUUUCCUCCUUCAAUACCACAAGCCAAGCUAAAGAUGCUAUAGUGGUUUCAACAGAAACAGCUAUUGCUUGAAGUAUAGUGUUUGUGGGAUGGGACAGUUAGUAUACUAGAUCUCAAGAGUUAAAAGCCUUUCUUCCAUAACACAAAUAAAUUCAUUGGAUUUUUCCUGCAUGCAGCUAAUGCUGUGUUGCAUGUUGGCCACAUAUGCCUAGUAGUAACGAUUUGCUUUCAGUAAACAAUGCUGACCUGCGUUUUGAAUAAGUAUAUCCCAUUCAAAUGAUAUGUGGGGUGAAGAAGGGAUGUGUUUUAGCUUGUCUGCUAUUAAACCAUAAUUUGAAUGAUCUGUUCCAAACCAUAUGCUCAAGAGCACCACUUUACCAGAGAGGCUGGCCCUUUGUUACUGUGCGCUGCCGAUGUGUACUAUUCUCACAAUCCCAGGGUGGACUCAGUACAGUUAUGGCUCAAUUCAACCAUGAAUGAUCUGAGCAUAAUUCUAGCAGAUAGUGAAUUGUUUGUUUUCCCCAAACAAACUGUGAAUGGUAAACCAAGAGCAAAUCUUGAUUACAAUAAGUUCACCGUUUGUUGAGAGCGAGGAAAACCUCAAUAUUGGGUUUGCAUGUAACACUAAGCCAAAUGGUUUGGUUCUGAGUAGUGAAACAGCAGCAGGACCAGUGGAGGAGCAAAGCCGCCACGGUUUUCACUCUGGAUAGCUGCGUGUUUGGUUGUUGUUGCUAAUCCCUGGUUUAGCUUAGCAUUGCAUGCAGUCAUGGGGUUUUUUUUCCGUGAAGCAAGUUGAAAAUGUUUAGGGCAGUUAAUGUUUUUCCUCUAAUUGGGGUUUUGGUUUUUUUGGUAGUGCUACAUAUUUACUUUUCUCUACUCUGACUACCCAAUGUAAAAUAUUAAAGGGUGUUUGCUGCCUUUGAAGUGACUGGUGGUUUUGGCAUUGGUGUUCUUGGCUCAGGUGAUGUCAGUCUGCUUAGUCUUCAAAGAAACAGGGGUGGGGGGAGGGGGGGAAGUGUAGCAAGUGUAAGAUUUGCACCAGCAUAAGUUUCUCAACUGUUAUCAGCAUUUAAUGGGUUAGGGUAGGAGGAGUCGACCACAUCUUGUGUACUACAGCUUCCAUCAUCCCUGACCAUUGGCUAUGCUGGCUGAGUCUGAUUGCAACAGUGGUCCAAAACAUCUGGAGGGCAUCUUGGCUACCUCUAGAGUAGGGUGUGGGAUUAGGUAAUGACCUUCUUGCUGUGUCUUCAACUAAUGGAGCCAAGGUUUUGAAGAGGGUAGCACAAUUGACUCUCGUACAUCCCACCUUUCCUUCCAAACUUUUGAGAUGGACACUGUUUAGCCUGGAGAAAUAGGGCUAAAUGAACAGUUAAAUGCAUUGCGUUGCAUAAGCAUUUGAAAUUAUAAUGGAUUCUUCAUUUCCUUGCCCGGCCCAUCUGUGGCAAGACCCUGGUGAGGUUAUAUUAAUGACAAAGUAACACCUGGUCUGACAAAACAUUUGAAGCAGCUGUUCCUCAUUUCUUCCCUGUGCCUACAUUAGAUGGGACUGAGUACGGGCUCAGUGAUGCAGAUAUGGAAGCAUCCUACGCCACCGUGAAGAGCAUGGCUGAGCAAAUAGAUGCAGAUGUGAUCCUCUUGCGGGAGCACCAAGAGGCAGGAGGCAAAGUGCGUGACUACCUGGUGCGGAAGCGGGUGGGUGACAACGAUUUCCUGGAGGUCAGGUAAGGAGAUAGGUAGGAGGAGUGUUCGUCAGCAUGAAGCUCACUCCUGUAACCUGCACACGUAGUGGUGAGAAGCUGGAAACUCUGGUUUGGCUAUGGGAGUGACUCUGCCUCUCCUUACUAAUUAACUUUCCUUUCGUCUGUGCUUUGUAUACAAGCCAGUGGUUAGGAUCUUGCGCACAUACUUGGCUGAUCAAGCAGUAUCUGAAUGAAAGGAUUGCUGUUGUAGGUUUUUGCUCUCUAUGUGCUAUGUGUAAGCCUGGAUAGCUCAGCUGGUUAGAGCAUGGUGCUGAUAAUGCCAAGGUGGCAAGUUUGAUCCCUGUACGGCAAAGCUUCCUACUCCUGCAUUGCAGGGGGUUGGACUAGAUGACCCUCAGGGUCCCUUCCAGCUCUAAAUUCUAUUCUAUGAAACCCCAUAGGUCCUGUCUUUUACUCAUUUUAAAAGGGCUUUAGCCUUAUUCAGAGAUUGCACAUGACCGCUGACGUUCUGAUGGCUUCCUUUUGCCUUCCUACAGGGUAGCCGUGGUUGGCAAUGUGGACGCAGGAAAGAGCACGCUGCUGGGUGUCCUCACCCAUGGUGAGCUGGACAAUGGACGUGGCUUUGCCCGGCAAAAGCUUUUCCGCCACAAGCACGAGAUUGAAUCAGGCCGUACUAGCAGCGUGGGCAAUGACAUAUUGGGCUUUGACAGUGAGGGCAAUGUAGUGAACAAGCCUGAUAGCCACGGUGGAAGUCUGGAGUGGACUAAGAUUUGUGAGAAGUCAACAAAGGUCAUAACCUUCAUUGACCUGGCUGGGCACGAGAAGUACCUGAAGACUACAGUCUUUGGCAUGACUGGGCACCUACCUGACUUCUGCAUGCUAAUGGUAAGCUGUGCCAUGGUGGUGGGAUGUCAGUAGCAGCAAGGGGCUCUUAACGUCCACAGCACUUUCCCAUCUUUUUUGUUGGAGAGUUAAGGAAUUAAUGAAAACAAUAUAGGCUAGAACUCUCACUGUUAUUGUGAACAGGGGCUCAGAAAUUAGUUGGGGCCGUGGGCCAUGUCACUCUCAGUAAGUGGUGAUUUCCUACCGUAAAAUGUUGGAGGCUUCAAGGUUGGGAGGACUGUUUCUUGUGGUUCACCAUGUUCCUCUUUCCCUAUCUGAGGGUGAUUUAUGGCCUAUGUUAAGGAUUGAACUGAGUUCUCCAUUCAUGCUCAUGCGUCAGAUACGGGUGCAAGCUUCUACAUGAGUAAAUGCUCUAAGCAAAAACACCGUGAAGUUCAGAAAAGCUCUUUCUGAAGUGCCCCCUGCGCAUGUGUCAGGGUGUCAAAGAUAUUGUCAUGUGUGCAAAGCAUUCAAGGUUCGGUACCUGUUUCCAGAACUUAAUUUGACAUUUGUCCUUGCUGGUCUCCCCCUGCUCUUCCAGCAGCCGCAGCAGCAGCAACAACAACAACAAAGAUUUUUUCUGCACUGUGAGGACACCUAAUUCUGCCAUAGUGGCUUAACACAACUUGUCUCAGGUUCUAUCUGUAUCAGUGGAUUUCUUUCCGCAACCAUGAGAGGCAAACUAUUCCUCCCUCCGUGGCACAUUCCUGUGUUGGUUUUGGAGUAUGUGUGCUUCAGUCAAAUAAACAAAGAAUUCUCAGAUUUAUUGGCAUGUAGUCUAAACUGCAGACAGGUGCUUCCUUGUGAGGAGAUGGCGGUAUAGAAAUUCUUUAGCUUAGUUUUCUGUUCAUGGGUCAGUAUCCCAUUAUCAACCUUUCUUAUCAGUAAGAGCCGCAGCCUGCCACUUGAUGACGUGCUUGCAGAAUGACAUUAAGGGGUAGCUGAUACACUCUGAGAUAGUGGCUCAGUUGGGACAUUGUUCCCAGCUUCAUCAACCAUGGUAUAUGUCAAGAAAAGGAAAACCUGUGGCCCUCCAGAUGUUGUUAGAUUCUCAAGUCCAUUCGCCCCAGCCAACAAGGUUGGUGGGUGGUGAUUAGUGAGCUGAGGUGAGAAUAUUCUCCAGAGAAUAUCCUCAAGAAUGAGAAUAUUUUUGACAAUAUUCUCUGCUAGAAAAUUCUCUGGAGAAUAUUUUCCAUGAACUAUAAAUUCUAAUGUAAGAAUCAGUUUUACAACCCACAUUAAAAAAAUCUAGUAAAUAAGUCAAGCUGUGAUCUUGUCAAUGUAAAUAAUGAAUAAUGAUUUUUUUGAUCCAGUUACAUUACUGGGCAUUGUGUCAUUCACCAUUGGCAGUUCUGAAAUGUGAGCUACAGAAAACCUUUUUUUUUUUUAGUUUUAAAAAUGCUAUUCAUUUAAUUUGAUGAACAUUUGAAUUCGUAUGUAUUUCAACUAUUUGUAAUAGCUUUUUUUCUAUUUUGGUGUGACCUUAUUCUUAGCAAUUCUAUACCCUUGGCCAUAAGGGUGAUUUUUAAAUUUUUUUUACAGAAAGUAGUUUUAAUGCUUUCUACACUUAAAGUACCUAGGCCUAUACAGUUAUGUGUAACAGCAUGUGAGGUGGCCUUGAUUUAAAUAGUUGACUUUUCUAUAUUUUUAUUCAGUGCCAACAACUGGUUUUUGCAGUGACAUUCAAUGGUACAAUAUUCUUAUUAAUCAAGAAUAUUCUCGAGAAUAUUCUCCAAAAGAUUAUUCUCAAGAAUUUAACAUCACCAGUGGUGAUGAUGAGAGUUUGAGUUCAAGAGCAUCUGGAAGGUCCCCAAAAUGGGGGAGGGCACGGGGCGGGCAGAGCAGGGUGCUUCCAGUGCAUGUGAUUUCAUGCAAGCGUGCAAUGACCCGGAACAUAACCCCCCCCCCAACAAAUCGGGGGUUGGCUGUAAUUGAGAAUUCUGGCUUGAUACAAGCCAGGAGCUUUGUGGUGAAGCUGACGUGUGAUGUGAGGAAAAAGAGUUAGGGAGGAGUGCUUGGCCCCAAUGCUAGUCCCUGACUUCAUAAGCCAGGGAGGCUGGGAACAUCAUCUGAACAGUGUCACUGGCUUCCCUGCAGCAAAACAGAGAAGUAGAGCUCCAGUUAUGACACUUACUUUGGAGCAGACUGUACUAGCCAUUCUUUGCAAUGCUAGGAGAAGGAGGUAGUGGGCAUGCACCCACAAGAAGGCUAACUCUGACGCAGUGUCACCUGCAAAUGCAAUGGUUUCUCAAAGUGAUUUUGUGAUUGACGUGAACUGGGAAAAGUUUAGCUGAUAACCUAUUCCACCGUGGCUUUUCCUGAGAGGAUUCUGGGAAUAGGACCCAGGAUUCCUCUUCCAUCUGUUCUUGACAUUGUCCUGGUGAAGCAGUAGGAAAUAAGCCUUUCUGGUUUACUUUGCACACCAUGGAACAUACCAGAAAUGUUAUUCCAAGAGUGGCAAGUGCUAAUGUCUGAAGAGCGCUGGGUUUCUGUCCAAUGCUGUGUGAGCAGAACUCCCGCAAGUGUCUGGAGCAGGUUUUGAAGCUGUACAAGGGGGCUGAAUUGGGAGGAGAGGAAAGAGAAGCUCUGUUGCACAAAUAGAAGGCUGUUGCGCUAGUGGGACAACAGUAUUAGAUAGAACCAUUGCUCUCAUAAUUUAUUAAAAUUUGACCUCUUGCCUUUCUCUUCUGGCGUGUCUGCAUUACGCUGCCCAGCAAAGUCGCAGCCGUGUUUCUAGACAGAGACUUAAAAUUCUGCCUGCCUCUCCUAUUCCCCACUUCAUUGUGCUUUUCCUUGAUACAGGUUGGCAGCAAUGCAGGAAUUGUUGGGAUGACCAAGGAGCACCUGGGCCUUGCAUUGGCGCUCAACGUCCCAGUCUUUGUGGUGGUGACCAAGAUUGACAUGUGUCCUGCCAACAUUCUCCAAGGUAUUUGCCUGUAAACUGCCCUGUGAUUGUGGGGUGAAGGGUGGUAUAUAAAUAAAAUAAACUGAAGAUGGCGCAAACAGCUUCUCUCUCCUAUGAAGUGUUUGCCAUCUGUUUUGGUAGUGUGUCUUCAGACUCUACUAAGGAGCCGUUUAAGCAAACUUUUCUUUCUCACCAUCUCCAAUUCCUGGCCUGCAUUGCUUCUUACUCGUUGAGACUUAUUUGGUGUACAGUUUUUUCUCUGUAGCUGGUCUCUUAAAACUGUCAUAUCAGCAGUUCUAAAACAAUUGUUUUGCAACAGUGAAGCUGCUCAAAAGCAAUGUUUUGGCUUGUGUUCUUCCCCAACUGCUGUAAAUAAGAUUAUGGGAAAGAGAAGGCAGCUGAGAGACUUUUUGCAUCUGUUCACUUCCUGGUUCUUAGGGUCAUGAAAGAACCAACUAGUUAGCCUGUUCCUCACAGGGCCCAACAUGGUGCUUCCUGAAACAAAAGCAGCAACUCUUUCCUGCUGUUUCUCCUCCCGCAACUGAUGUUCAGUUACACGAUAUCCCUGAACAUUGAGAAACCGUUUAGCUAUUGUCACCAAUAGCCGUAAACUGUGCAACCAAAAUGAGUGCUUAGGAAAUAUUAUUGCCUUUUCCCUUGUACGUAAUUAUGCACUUCCAAAAAAAGAGGUCCACAAAGAUGAUCACUAGUGGCAGAUGCUGGGCAUCAGAUAGAAAAGGAAUGCACUUUGGGACUACACAGUGGAAAGCGAGAGAGCAAAUGGUUUGCUACCAAGCUCAUUCAAAAUGUGUGGGCUCCUGUUCAGGAGACCCCUGGUCUUCUGGUGCUGCAGUUAUUGGCUUUUCUGUUACUUGCUGCAUAAGAUGACCGAGGAACCUCUGCAAUGUGCAGCUAGCACUGCGGUAGAAAAUGGAAAUUUGAGAAUUGGUCAGGUGGACCUAGCAUUCAGUGUGCUUCAAAGCGGGCGCUUUUAAAAUGUGUACGUGAUGUUGCAUACAUCUUGGCACCCAUCUUUCAUGUGCACAUCUUGUUUUUCACUCCUCAUCAUAACAGUAAGCAUUUGUGGGAAAAUCGGUUUAUUCUGGCAAAGACAAGCUCUUGUCUUAGAGGAGCAUCUAGCACAACAUGCAAUUAGACAUAGAAUCCACCGCCAGGGGCAAAUUUUGAGACAAGGGUUUGGCUAGAAUUGGACAUAUUUUCAAAGCUCUGGUAGCACUGCUAGCUUUGUAAGCAAACAAAAUGAAACCACCAAUUCUCAAGCAAAAAACACAUCCUAGUCUUUCUUGUGAAAACGAUAGCCUUCCAGUCAUAAGAUUCCAUGGUCUCCCUGCAGGCUUCCUGAAAUUGAAACAGGAUGCGUAGUACAGAAAAGCCUAUGCAAAAUUCUGGAUUGUAUGUAAUGUUUUGAUAGCUUCUUAGUAGCAAUACUGAACUUAUUUCUCUCUGAGGCUUAGCUUGACAACUUCUACAAUUAGAAUAGCAGUGGAAAUUCAGUACAUACUAGCUGUAAUAGCUGGCUUGUUUUUCAGAUCAAUAUCCUGGUGCCCACCAGAUGCAUUUACUAUGACUCCCAUCAUCCUUGGUUGAUAUGGCCAAUGGUCCAUAAUGGGGGGGAUGGUAAUUCAGAAUCUGGAGGUGUCAGACUGGGGAAGGUUUGUCAGUGUGGUCAACACCCAGACAUGGAGAGAGAAAAGAUCUGUUAAGAACACAAGAAGCCCCAUACUACAACCUCUAAAGCCCCAUUUCACUAACCCUUUGGUAUCAAAGACUCCUGCAUGUUCUCUUAUAUGUUCCUGAUACUUAAAUAGCUUUCUUUUUAAAUUUAAAAUCCUAGGAAAGCUGACAUCUGUAACAGCUUGCUCAUGCAUACAUACAAUCAUGGGGAAAAGAAAGUACACCCUCUUUGAAUUCUGUGGUUUUACAUAUGAGGACAUAAUAACAACCAUCUGUUUCUUAGAAGGUCUUAAAAUUAGGUAAACACAACUAAGGCAAUAAAGCUGAAUGCAAGAAAGGGAUAUUGAUCUAAUCCUCUCCAUUUUAUUCAUCAAGAAACCCUGAAGCUGUUGCAACGACUUCUGAAGUCGCCAGGAUGCAGAAAGAUCCCUGUCCUGGUCCAGAGCAAAGAUGAUGUCAUCGUUACUGCCUCCAACUUCAGUUCAGAAAGGUGACAGAAAUGAAAACAAAGUGGACCACUCUUUGUCUGCUUAGAACAUGGCCUUCGAACUUUGAUCCCAAGACUCUUCUGGGAUGAUAAUUGGUUGGGAGCACAAACAGAUCUUUUUCCAGUUGCAGUAUAAGGAAUUUGCAACAGAGAUGUGGAAUAUGUUUACAAGCUUAAAUAGUAAGGAUCCUGAAUUGGUGGGAUCUGCGCCUUUAGUUCUGUUGGGCAGGUUCAAAACAGAUUAUCCAGGUUUCUGGGCAAGAAAUGCAUGCGAAGAGGUGAAGAUGGAUGGUAGAAAUGGCCAGGACUGGAGUUAAAGUGGACUUCAGGAAUCAUCUUUCUUUUUGCCACAGAUAUUAGUUUGUUUUUCUUGCCAGUGAGCGGGAAAUGCCAAGGUCAAAUUCUAAUGAAACCAUGUGGAGUUGCCUCUGUUGCUUUGAAUCCAUUUCUGGCAUCCACAGUUGGUGCAAGGAUGAAAGCAAGCAGAGGACUUGGGAGGAAUGGGGGGGUGAUGGCUAGGAGCAGAAAAGGAAUGGCCCUGCUUUUGUGUAGAGGCUGAAGCAAAUGGCCUUGCAAGAAGUAUGGCCACGAGUCUGCUGCUGAUCUGUUGCAUGAGACACCCUCCCCGCCGUUGCCGCAAAAUGUGGAUGCCAUAUGUAUGGAACAGAAGAUAAGCCAUACUGGAAAGCUGGGAUAAAUGAAGGAAGUGAACAGUUGCGUGAGAUUGGCAGCUAGCAUUGUGUUAGGUCUGUCCUCUUCUUGAAAUAUCCUGGACAACUGAUGAUGGUUGGCAUGUCUGCUGGACCGUUCUCUUAAUGGCUUGGUCCCAACUGCUGAUGAGUGAGGGGGAAAGAGAGUAAAACUGUAGGAGCUAAAAAUGUAAAUAUUACAUCUGAUGUAACUAGAGCGUGUGAUCUGAAAGGAAGCUGACCAUGCAAGAUGACUCUCCAGUUGAGUGGGCACUUUUGCUGCCAUCCCAGAAAAAACAGAAGUAGAUAUAAAGUUAUUUAACUGAAUGUCGCUAGUGUUAAGAGUACUACAGCUAGUACUUUCCUGUAGGGAAUUUUCCUUCCGAUACUGAACAUGCCAACCAGCACCUGUGACGUCUUGCAAGUAUUAAGAUCAACCUAACUUAGAACUGUGAAUAACUCAUAUGUUCUCAUUCUCUCUUUCUCUCUCUGUUCCAAUUAGGAUGUGCCCAAUAUUCCAGAUUUCCAAUGUCACCGGUGAGAACCUGGAAUUGCUUAAGAUGUUUCUCAAUCUCCUGUCUCCAAGGACCAGUUACAGGGAAGAGGAACCUGCAGAAUUCCAGAUAGAUGACACUUACUCUGUUCCAGUAAGGAGAGUGGUGCUGAGAGUCUCACUUCAGUCUAAUUUUUUUCCAAGAGGAGGAAGGAAUGGGGAUGUUGGCUUGAUUCUGCUGUUGCUCUACAAUUGUGACUAAUUCAUUUGCCUUUUGCACUUCUCCCUGAUGCAGGGUGUAGGGACAGUGGUGUCUGGGACAACACUAAGAGGCCUGAUCAAGUUAAAUGACACCUUGUUGCUCGGCCCAGACCCUCUGGGUAACUUCUUGCCCAUUGCUGUGAAGUCCAUCCACCGCAAGCGCAUGCCCGUCAAAGAGGUUCGAGGAGGACAGACUGCCUCCUUUGCUCUGAAGAAGGUGAGUGUGGACUUCAUUGGCCAAGGGUAUUCCAUUGCUUUUCUGUUGGGAGAAAAUGAGGGUUUUUUGAGAAACUGCCAGUGCAGUUAGGAGAAUGUUUACUCUGAGACUGCACAAAAAGUAAAGCUAGUUGCGUUGGCCCAUAAGAAAAAAAAUCCAAAAUCCACAUGAGGGCAAUCCCUAAUGCUAUAAAAUAACACGCAAGCUUUUAAGUUCUGUAGAAAUCUUCAUCAGACUAGAUGGUAAAUAAAAUAGGGUUGUGGGGAAAGAGAAUAUUAGUGCUGGUUUUUGAGCCGCCUUAAUGGUGUCAUUUCAUCACAGUUUGAAGGUAGAAUGUGGGAGGAGAUAGCGGAAAUUCAGAUGGGGUUCUGUUAGGUGCUUGGUUGGUUUCCUGUUGCACCCAGAACUGCUGAGGAGAAACAUAUGGUGGCCGAUUCUUCACGUUUGGGACAUAUGAAAUCCAGCUGUUAAUCACAUCUGUCUUCUUCCUUGGGCAAUGGAACCAAGUCCUCCUGCAUUCAGAUGUGGUUUUCUCCCUAGUCAUUGUUUUUAGGAUUGCAACUUGUCAGGCUUACUAUAUGGGGCUGAGAGCAGGUUUUAUUUGCAGGGUCUAAUAUUGCAAAGGCAUGCUAGGACUAAACUUGUCUAAAGGUAGCAGUGGACAUUGUGCUUUUAAGUGAGUCAUUUGUUUAGCAGAGAGAAAGCCAAAGGAAUACUUUCACUAUUGCAUCCCAACUUCUCUACAUCCAUGAAGAAUGGACAUUUGUAAUUUCUCCAACUUAAAGCAGGCAUUCAAAUUGCAUCGUUUAGGCAACCUAGGUUUGUCUGCAACUUAAGUUUGUCCUCAUGGGGGAUGAAGGAAGGACAGCUUGUAAGAAAAUCUGAUAACAUCCCUAAAGGAUAGCAAUUUUGUGUUGACCAAAACCAUCCCUUGAAGUUUUUUGCUUUUGAAAUUAUUUCAUUCUCAUGUUUCUCCCAACACCUUUGUAAAACUCAUGCUCAGCACUGUUCGGCUGGAUGGGCACCCCAUUCCAUCCCAAAAGAGGCUUAUGUAGUCUUUCAUCUGUAAAAUGCUAGGAAAAGAUAUAGAUUUCUUUUUUUAAAAAAAUCAGCCUAAGUGAAUUUACUGCUAAAUUAUGCUUUAAAAUUGUUGCACUUCCAGAUCAAGCGCUCCUCUAUCCGGAAAGGCAUGGUGAUGGUGUCUCCCCGAUUAAAUCCUCAAGCGUCUUGGGAAUUUGAAGCUGAGAUUCUGGUUCUGCAUCAUCCUACCACCAUCAGUCCACGUUAUCAGGCGAUGGGUAUGUGUAGGGUUUUUUUGUGUCCCUUACACACUCCUCCUGCCUUGGCCCUGGGUAUUGAAUUAAUUUGUGGUUGCGUCAUUUAAGUUCUGAUACUGACAAAUUUAUGAGGAGCAGCAACCACAAGAGAAUGGCUGAAAUAGAAAGUGAUUCCUUGUGGAUCAAAUUUGGGAAGUGAUAGAAGGCUCUUAUGGGAUCUGUCACUAGGGGUGCUUGACUUGCACCUUCAUCAAAAUCCCACUUGAGCUAUGGGUUCAGUGGAUGGCUAUAGAAGAAUUGCACUUGGCCUCUGUAGCCUUCCCUAUAGAAGUUAUGAGGCAUGGUGGUAGGGCUGGCUUGCUGAGCAGAUUAGUGCUAUGUACGUAGAUUAUCUUCUGACGUUGCCUCUUCGCUGGAAAUUGAAUAUACCUGCUGACAAACAUGGAUUCGUAAGGUGCUUGUAUUGUGAAUUUAGCAGCAUCUGCAUGCAGCAGCAUAGCUGGUGGCAGUUCAGGGUAUCCUGUGCUACUGAGAUUUGUCCGCUUGUUGCAGUUUGAGUGCCAGUGAGAAUCUUACUGUUCACAGUGCAUUGUGGCAGCAUCCGCCAGACAGCCACUAUCCUCAGUAUGGACAAAGACUGUCUACGCACAGGAGACAAGGCGACCGUGCACUUCCGCUUCAUCAAGACCCCGGAGUACCUGCACAUAGACCAGCGGCUGGUUUUCCGUGAAGGGCGUACCAAAGCUGUGGGUACCAUCACCAAGGUAACAGAGCUUUUGGGGUAAAAUAGGACAUGGGUUCUCAAAGUUUGUGCAUGCCUUAGGUACAGUACUACAGACACCUCCCUUCCCUCUAGUUAGUUACUGAAAACUCGAGCUUCUUGAUAGAUGAUGAUGAUGGGGAAGUUGCUUGGCUUCUCAGAAUUUCCAUACCUUCCUUGAAACCAUGUCAUAUGAACUAGUGGCUCUGUUCUCCUUUUCCUUUUGAUUUUUCCCUGUCUUUAGGAUAGGAGUGAGCAUUGCUAGUUGAUUUUUAAAAAACCCCACAACCACCUUAAACCCAGACUUGCAUAUAACCCUGCUAGACAGAACAAGCUUUCUUUCUCUUCCACUAAUUCCUGUAUUCCCUUGCUGAAGGGGGAAUUCUUGUCCAUCUAUGCCCCGCCCUUUAAACCAUAUGUUGCUCAAAUGGCUAAGUUUUUUUAAUACUUGCCAAACUUUUUUGCCAGCCCAGCCACCUAGUCUGUGCUGUGAGGGCCUUGCUUCCUUUCUGGGUGAAGGGCAAGUUGCUUGGCUUUCAAGUGCUUUCUUCCCAUCUCUAUAAAUUACUUUUUUUUAAAGAUCUUGGGAACUUUGUGGGACCUGGUUGUUGACAGAAGGCAGUUUCAUGCAUGACCUGGGUUAAAAAUAAUAAUGAAAGGAGACUAUUUUCAUCCUGACUUGGCGUAUAGCCCAGCGAGGCUUAGCUGUUGCUAUCACACCUCUGCUUUACCUACCUGCCCUACUGCAGGGAAUAAGAGACAUGAAACAGAAAGUGCUUAAAGAACAGAGAGGAAAUUGUUUGUCACUUCCCUUUCCACUGCAGGGAAAGUGGGAGAUAAGAGAGCUGUGCAGGUGUGAAUGAGAUUUGGUGUGUUGCUGUGCACGCACACCAUUCCCAGUCCUUUUAUUUUAUUUAUUAAAUUUAAACCGCCCUUCAUCUUGGGAUCACAGGGCAGUUUACAAUACAAAAACACAAAGAUACACAACAUUGUAACAAACAAAACAAUAUAUACACACAAACCAGUUCAAAAGGCCAUAGAAUGUUUAAUUAGCCAAAGGCCUGGGAGAAGAGGAAUGGUUUUCCCUAGCGCCUAAAUAUAUGUAAUGAAGGCGCCAGGCGAGCCUCCCUGGGGAAGAGCAUUUUCUUUCAACAUAUUGAGGUCCUGUUUCAUGUCAAAGGUGAACUUUGCUUAAACCAACUCUGUGCUUAAAAUGAAAGCAACAACACUGGCACAAUUCUGUUUUUUGCCUCUACCAUCCUUUCGACUGGCAGUUACUCCAGACCACAAAUAACUCUCCAAUGAACUCCAAGCCUCAGCAGAUCAAGAUGCAGUCCACGAAAAAGGGGCCCCUGACCAAGCGAGAGGAAGGGGGAGCGCAGGCUGGCAUGGCAACGGCGAGUCCCAUAGUGGCAGAUGAUGCAGUUUCGCUGGGAGCAGCCCCCUCAGCACCUUCGAGUGCCCAGCAGCCUCAGGUAUGCAGAGCGGCCUGUGCCAAAGUCAUCUUUCAUGGCUUCUUAAGCUUUUUGUAGUAAACAUGCCUACCUUUUAAGGUGAGCCAGAUUUUACCUGCUACCUCCUAGUCCUGUGCCUGAAUACUAGUGAGUGGCUGGCUGUGAAGUGGCUCUAGGAAGGGAGGGGGUGAGAGCCUUGCCAAGUGGGCAGAAACAGCAGGCCUGGCCUGGUGUGAGGCCCUGAGCACUUGCCCCUGCUUGCCCGUAACUGUAUUGUUAACUUUCCCCAUCGGAGCCCUGCUGCUGUUCUGCAGCUUAUCGGUUGGGCUUUCCUUGUGCAUGUCUUUGCUGUGUGUGGUAAGGGCAUGCAGAGCUCAGAGAAGGACCUCUUGCGCAGUUCUGCACAGGCUGUAGAAGGACCUCCUUGACCAGUGACGGAGCUCUCAGCCUUCUGUUUCAUGGGGCAUCUGGCUGCUCAACCUUUGAAAUGAAGUUCUUUCUGCUGAAGUGAAAACUUAGUCUCAGUUACUUUGCUCUUUUGUUUUUCACUUUGCUGUAUUUUAAGUGUGUGUUGGCAUUAUUCUGAGACUCCUGAAACCGGAGGGAUGAGGUUUAAAUGCUGCAAUUGCAAGCAUCAGCUACGAUAAUUGUAGCAAAGAAAUGCACUUUUAUACAUAUGUUACAGGGUGCUCUCUAAGAAUAGGACUGAAAGAAUCUGAGCUGCUUUCUUGCUUUGCAUCUUGGGUGUAAAUGUGGCUUCCUGGUGCCCUUGCUGUACUCUCUUCUCCUCCAGAGUUUGUCUUGGGGGGGGGGCAAAGUCUGUCACAGCCUCUGUCUAUAUCACUGGUGCUUUGUUUCCUCUCUUGCUGUGCUCACUUGGUGGCAGUUUUUAAGGGACUGCUCUCCCCUCUGCUGAUCUUUGUCCAACAUCUUGGAUGUCUGCUGCCUUCUGCUCACCUAUGCUUCUCUUUCCUUGCUGCUUUCCUUCAGCCUGCCCUGGAUGAAGAGCCCCACAACCGAGAGGGCAGCAAGGUACUUCUGCAUCCUCUGUUGCUUUGACUUGAUUGCCUUGGGGAGAAAAGGCCACCCUUGCAAAGGGCCGUCCCCUCCAAAGUCUUACAAUUUUCCUUUUAGAAUGCCUGCUUGCUUUGGUAGAAGCUUGGCCUAUUGCAAAGGUGCUCAUAGGUCCUGAAAGGAUAAAGACAACUUCAGUUCUUUCCUUCCCCCAGGGAUGGGAGACCAGUGGCACUCCAGAUGUUGGACUAUAACUUCCAACAUCCUUUGCCAUGAGUCAAACAUCAUCUGGGGGACCACGGGUUCCCCACCCUUGCCUUUCACUUCUGGAUACGGUUGGUUGACACUGUCCAUUCCCGCUCCUCUUGUUCAGUUUAGGGCUGAGAGGUUCAGAUCCUGUCUUCCCCACCUUGCCCUUACCUGAGCGCUCUUCUUCUCUACCCCCAGGUGAAGACUGGAGGAGGUGGCCGUCGACGUGGAGGACAGCGCCAUAAAGUGAAGUCUCAAGGGGCUAUUGUGACUCCUGCUGGUGGCUGCUGAACAUCGUUUUUAAUCACUGCGGAAUUCGCACCCUCCCCUUCUUCAACCCAAAACCCCGGAGCAGCCUAACCAAAAUCCAUCCCAGCUGAUCUGCUACUGUGGAACUUCUCCUCCUCCUCCUCACCUCCUGGAGAGGAGCCACUGGGGGGACGCAGGGUUUACAGUUUAAGCUAACGAAGGUGACAAAAGCACACGUGGGACUGACCAGCUGCCGCCUUCUCCCUUUUUACCCCCCCCCGCCCAAACAUUUUGUACAUCGUGAGCUCUUAGUCAUGAUUUUUUAUUAGUUUUUAUUAUGGUGGAUGUUUGUGUGUGGUAUGCGUGCGGAUGAAGAAUCGGGAGGAUCUAGGUAUACAGAGUAAGGUAACUGCCUCCUCUUCUCUUCCCCACCCUGUCAUAUAUAUAUUUUUGAAACUGACCCUGUGUCUGUGGGCUACAAUCAAGAAUUCAUGAAAUCCCAUUCAUACAAGUAUGAAUAUGCUAGUUGGUUCGGAAGAGGUAGGAAUUCCCCCCCUUUCACACCAGUCAAACUGCGUGAGCCCUGGGCGGCCUCCUUUAGUUUAAAGUACCAAUGCCUGCAAUUGGUAAUCGACAUGAAGGAACACACACACACUCCAGCAGCAUCCCAAAAGCUGGAUUGAUAUGAGAUCCUAGAUCUCAUAAUUAUGCACUUGUAAGCUUACUUUAAAAGCGAGACUUGUGGGAGGAGGUGGAGCAGGCCACAAAAGCACUGGUGGCUUUGGAGUUGUUGGUGUAAAGUCAACAAAUUGAUUUCACACAAUCCUUUUUGGGCCUUGUGUUCAAAACCUACUAUUUUUCUUGCAGUCAGUCAUGGGUGCCUGCAUAUUCUGAAUCCUGCCAUAUCUGGUUUUCUAACCAGCUACGUCAGAUUGGGGAAAGGGAGAGACAUUACAAGUUGGCUUCUUGUGACCCACCCAUUUCUUCCCCGUGGUAUCCAAGUGUAUCUUUAAAGGCAGUGUUUCCUUCCCCUCCUUAAGAACUGACACUGUCAGUGGGCGACUUCUCCCUGCAUAUUUGUGUAAUGCAAGAAUUCAUUUCUCCUCAUUAGGGAAAUGGGUGUUGCUGCCUGUAAGUGGGCAUGGGCCUCUUAGUGUCUAGAAGCCAGCUUGCACCCCUCAUUUCAGCCUCUCCUCAGAAUCAUAACUGUCAUGGGUUUAGACACACUCACUGUGUAAAAGCAGGAAGAGGUUUACUGGAGCCAGCUCUGAGCUGUGCUUUUAAAUUUGGACACAUGUUCAAGAUUUUAUAACUUUGAUACACAUUUGCUGCUUCUUUUUGAGGCACUUAUUCUGAAUUGACUUUUAACUGGCAUCAUGUUUUUGUUUAAAAACAAAAACCAGGUUUGUAGUUCACUGGUUUGUAGCUUUUAAAGUCUCUCCCCAUGUCUCUCAUAUUGCUGUCUGCAACAUCAUCCUAACAUUUUUGAAUGGCUGGAGUUUCCUGGAAGCUGAGAGUGAACACUGAUGAGUAGGUAGGCACGGCUUAUGGUCUACUUUCUUGCCUGAAACUUUGUGGGCAGCAUCCUAAGCAGUGACAGUAUUAAUAGCACCCUUGGGGAGAGAAUGGAGCGUGCUGUGGCUAAAGGAAGACGGCAGCCUGUAUCACUUGGUGCCUUGGGCGCCCGGUAGCGACAUCCGCCUCAUGGCCUUCUAUUUCCAAGGGAAGUGGAGACCUUGGUGUGGUGUCCUUUUUAUUUUUUCUUCUCCUUUCAUUCCUUAGUUCUGAAAGAGGAAUGUGCAGUGCUGAAGUUUUCAUUAAAAAAAAAAAAAAAGCCACAUGGUGCUGUGUUCUGUUUUGUGACCAGCAUUUAAAGACUACUGAGGCUGGCAUGAUGUAAUAAUAAUAAUAAUAAAAAGAAAGGUUUGUUUAACGUUUUAAAAUUAAA